AUGAUGGAUUCGGAAUCGGAAAGGUUAGGCUUGCUGGAUGAGUUGGUGGGCUUCACUGACUUCAACGCUUCUCCGUACAGUUUGGAUCCCAGGACACUAGUCUCUCCAGAUUUGAUCCCUAUUCUUCGGUCAGGUCAUGCCCCUUCACCCCAAGAAACCGCGUAUAUCAACGCCCUUUCUGUGAAAGCAGAGACCGAGCGUUUGGAACAUAUUCGAACUGUGGAACGUUUGAUUAACAGGAUCGGAUUUCUCCAGAACCAGGAAGAAAUUUACGCAUCCAUCGUCCUUUCGCCAAUCCGAAAGUUACCCAUAGAGAUACUCAGCAUUGUUCUUACACUUUCCCUCACACCCAAUGUCAAUUAUUUUUCAAUUCGAUCUGGCGACAAAUCCGGCUUAAAGUCGAGGGCUGUGGAAUUGGGCCUCGUUUGCACGCACUGGCGCUUAGUCUCUUUACGGACACCUCAGGUCUGGGCAAACCUUCACGUCGAAAUCUACGCGGAUGAUCCUGGCUUAAAUGCCGCAAUUCAGAUGCAUCUUGAGCGAUCACAGUCGGUUCCCCUUUACCUUGACAUUUACCUGCGAGGGCCACUCCACCUUCAACAGUAUUUCCUCUGCAGCUCCCCUCUUCAGCUGCUCGUGUCAUAUUGUCACCAAUGGGGUGAAGUGACGCUAGUCGCGAAUGCACCACUUUUUCCCAGAUCUUUCGAAUGGCUAAUGGGAUGUCCAGAAAUGCCCUUACUCCAACAGCUCGAUUUAACAGGCUGCAGUGAGGCCGCAAAUACGUUGCUCCCCGGGUUGAACGUGAAAUUCUUCAAGAACGCUAAGCGUCUGGAGAGACUCUGCAUCGCAGCCUGUUACCUUGACGAGGAAUUUCCGUGGACACAGCUACGUUUCUUGGACUUGAAUACGUCAGAAGGAAGCAACACGGUACUGCGAGCCGUCAGGUUAUGUGGGCAAGGCCUCGAAGUCGCCAAAUUCGCCCUUCCAGGAUCUCCCGUCGGCAACUAUACUUCAUUUCAUUCCUCCGCUCUGCAGCACCCUGACUUUCAGUCAGCUCCAUUUCAACUCCAUCCGCAGCUUGGCCACCUCGGUGUGAUGAUUCUUGCGCGCCAAAUAUCUCCCAAUGACAACCGAUGUGGUUUCGAAGGUCUAUCAGAUAUCUUGACUGGUAUCUCAUGUCCGAAGCUCAAUACUCUACGACUGGUGUCCAAUGUAUCGAGGAAAGUUUGGAACGAUGAAUGUCAGCCCGAAGAGGGGGAAGGCGAGGAACAACGUCAGAGAAGGCGAGCUUUCUGGCCACAGCAAGAUCUCAUCGACUUCUUUAGGCGAUCCAAGUGCAGCUUGACCUCGUUGCAACUAAAAGGGCUUUGGAUCUCCGAAGUCGAAUUGUUGGGAUUACUGAAGUUGCCUGAGGUUGGAGAUAACCUCAGGGAAAUGGUGGUCCACGAGCUUGAGAGUAAUGUAGAGAGUAAAAGGGUUCUGGGCAAGCGGUUCAUGGAGGAGAUGAUGUUCCCUAGGGUCGUCAAUGGAGAGAUGUCCUCGCCUGGUCUCCUUCCCAGACUACGGCAACUUGAAAUCAAGCUCCCCAGCUCCCAUUCGUAUCCGAUAGCGACUCCAUUGCAUAAGAUGGUGACUUCACGUUGGCACAUCGAUGUAGAACAUCGGCUUGAGUCGGUCCACCUCAUUUUGAUCGACCCAGAUUAUGUGUUUGCUUUGCACGAAGCAUGGACAAACUUACAGGCGGAAGGAUUAGCGAUCAAGAUUCAGACAACAAAACAUGUCAUCUUGGGUUAUAACGGUGAAGAGGACUUAACGUAG